CUCUUGUCUGUCUCACGCUCGCUAUCCCACCACCCACCAACUUGACCAUUCCAACUCAAUCCACUCUCUUACCCCUCCCUCCAGCGAUCAUCACCAUGGGCGCCCCCGAAAACAAAUACUCGGUCAUUCUCCCGACCUACAAUGAGCGCAAGAACCUCCCCAUCAUCGUCUGGUUAUUGGAGCGGACCUUUCGCGAGAACAACCUAAACUGGGAAAUCAUCAUCGUCGACGACGGCAGCCCCGACGGCACCCUCGACAUCGCCAAACAACUGCAAACGCACUACGGCCCCAAACACAUCCUUCUACACCCCCGAGCCGGCAAACUCGGUCUCGGCACGGCCUACAUCCACGGCCUCCAAUUCACAACCGGCAACUACAUCAUCAUCAUGGACGCGGACUUCUCUCACCACCCGAAAUUCAUCCCCGAGAUGAUUCGCAUCCAGGCCGAAUCGGACGCCGAUAUCGUGACGGGGACGCGGUACGCGAGUCUCGAUGGGGUGAAGGGGGGCGUGUAUGGGUGGGAUUUGUUUCGGAAGUUUACGUCGCGGACGGCGAAUCUCAUUGCGGAUGUGAUGCUCAUGCCUGGGGUUAGUGAUUUGACGGGGAGUUUUCGGUUGUAUAAGAAAAGUGUGCUGGAGAAGGUGAUUCAUAGUACGCAGAGUAAGGGGUAUAGUUUUCAGAUGGAGAUGAUGGUUCGGGCGAAGGCGAUGGGGUACAAGGUUAGGGAGUGUCCGAUUACGUUUGUGGAUCGGGUGUUUGGGGAGAGUAAGUUGGGGGGGCAUGAGAUUGUGGAGUAUUUGAAGGGGGUGGUGACACUUUGGUUGAAGGUUUGAUGGGGGGGUUCCUUGUGAUGUUGGUGGUGGUGGUGGUGGUGGUGGUGAUGGGGAUGGGUUAUGGGUUAUGGGAUGGAUGGAUGGAUGGAUGGGUGUGUUAUACCCCCGGUUUCUUUCGUGUCUUCAGAAUGUAUAUUACUCUGCAAUCAUGUUUUAUUUGUUUGCUCGCACCGCCCCAAGUAUCCCCUCACUCGCUCCACCAAUUCC